UGAGUUAAAAUAAGAAGCGAGCGAGCAAACUGUUUAUUUUUAAUAAGAUGCGAUUGUGUGUGUAUUUCAACAGCAUGGAUUUAAGAGGGUUGCGACUGGCUCGUGCCUUGGAAUUCACUGUCCAAGAGAUAAACAACAGCUCCGAUCUUUUACCGGGCGUCACUAUAGGGUACCACAUAUAUGACUCGUGUGCUUCUGUGCCAAUGGCGAUUAAAGUAGCUUUGCAGCUUGCCAACGGACUAGAUCCUGUAUUUAACGACACUGAUUCCUGUGCGAAAUCUGCUGCAGUUCCCGCACUGGUCGGAGAUUCUGCUUCCACGCCGGCUGUAAGCAUUUCAAGACUUUUGGGUCCUCUUGGAGUUCCACAGGUGAGUCAUUACGCAACGUGUGCGUGUCUCAGUGACAAGCGGCAGCAUCCUACUUUCUUCAGGACCAUCCCCAGUGAUCACCAUCAAGCGGCAGCACUGGCACGGAUGGUCAAGCACUUCGGAUGGACGUGGAUCGGAGCUGUGCGCAGUGAUUCAGACUACGGGAACAAUGGCAUGGCAUCAUUCCUGAAAGCUGCGGAGCAGGAGGGAAUUUGUGUGGAGUAUUCUGAGGCCUACUACAGGACCCAGCCACGCAGUAAAUUGAAAAGAGUGGCUGAUGUUAUUCGCAAGUCAUCGGCUCGUGUAAUAGUUGCCUUCAUGGGCGCAGGUGAUAUAAAAUUUCUCUUAGAAGAGCUGAGCCAGCAGCCUCCUCCCCCGAUGCAGUGGAUCGGCAGCGAGGCGUGGGUUACAGACCCCCAAAUGAUGCGGUUUAAUUUUUGUAUUGGUGCUGUAGGUUUCGCAAUUCCGCGGUCUGUUAUCCCUGGUUUUCGUAAUUUUCUACUUGACCUGUCUCCAGAACAAGCGCUUAAAUUGCCCCUGCUGACAGAAUUAUGGGAAAGUUCAUUCAGCUGUAGUCUAAAACGUCAGACAGGUUCUUCCACUGGAAUGCCAGCGUGUGAUGGCACGGAGGACCUGCGCGCUAUACAGAACCCGUACACAGACACUUCCCAGUUGAGGAUCAGUAACAUGGUGUACAAAGCCACAUAUGCUAUAGCGUAUGCCCUCCAUAGCAUCAUCUGUAACGAAAAACAAUGCGACAAAAACAUCAAAGUUGAGCACCGACGUGUUUUUGAUCAACUCAAGCGAGUGAAUUUUACUAAAAAUAAUUAUCCCGUUUCAUUCGACACAAAUGGAGACCCUGUGGCCAGAUAUGAACUUGUGAACUGGCAACUUCAAGGAGAUGGUUUUGUCGAUUUUGUGACAGUGGGUCAAUAUGAUGCAUCCAAGCCUAAAGGCCAAGAAUUCAGUCUGAACAGAGGUAUCAUUUGGUAUGAUAGCAGUGAAAAGGUGCCUGUGUCUGUGUGCAGUGAUAGCUGUCUUCCAGGUACGAGGAAGGCUGUGAAAAAAGGAAGACCUGUCUGCUGUUAUGACUGCAUUAACUGUGCAGACGGAGAGAUCAGCAAUGAGACAGAUUCUUUAGAUUGUCACGAAUGCCUACCUGAGUAUUGGCCCAAUAAUGAGAAAGACAAGUGUCUUCCUAAACCAGUGGAGUUUCUCUCCUGGGAUGAUAUCCUUGGGAUUAUACUGGCUGCUUUCUCUGUUGCUGGCUCUUUAGUGGCUUUGAGCAUAACUUUAGUGUUCUACAAAAACAGGGCAUCUCCAAUAGUAAAAGCAAACAACUCAGAACUAAGCUUCCUGCUUCUCUUCUCAUUGACUCUGAGUUUCCUCUGUUCACUUACUUUUAUUGGUCGGCCCACUGAAUGGUCCUGUAUGUUGCGUCACACAGCAUUUGGGAUCACUUUUGUCCUCUGUAUCUCCUGUGUUCUGGGGAAGACAAUAGUAGUGUUAAUUGCCUUUAAAGCUACACUUCCAGGAAGUAAUGUCAUGAAAUGGUUUGGGCCUCUUCAACAGAGACUUAGUGUUUUGGGCUUCACACUUGUACAGGUACUUAUAUGUGUGCUUUGGUUAAAAAUAUCUCCACCUUUUCCUUAUAACAAUAUGCAUCAGUACAAAGAAAAGAUAAUUCUAGAAUGCAGUCUAGGAUCAGCAAUAGGUUUCUGGGCUGUACUGGGUUAUAUUGGCUUGUUAGCAUUCCUUUGCUUUGUUUUAGCUUUCCUUGCCCGAAAGCUGCCUGAUAACUUCAAUGAGGCUAAGUUCAUCACAUUCAGUAUGCUCAUCUUCUGUGCUGUAUGGAUCACAUUUAUUCCUUCUUAUGUCAGCUCUCCAGGUAAAUUCACCGUAGCUGUGGAGAUAUUUGCUAUCUUAGCUUCAAGCUUUGGUUUGAUUCUAUGUAUUUUUGCUCCCAAGUGUUUCAUUAUUGUUUUUCGACCAGAGCAGAAUACAAAAAAACAUUUAAUGGGCAAAGUACCAUCAAAAGCCCUCUGAAAUUCAUGCAAUUGGCAACUGCUUAAUAUUAAAUAUCAGUCGUCCUUUAAUAUUA